AUGUUCCAAAGUAUCCUGAGGUCGCUCAGCGGCUCUUUCGCCGAUCUGGGUAAAUGGGAGCCCACGGCUGACCGUUCCGAGGUGGCACUUCGGAGUGGACUUGAGAAGUCCCUUCUUUUCGUCCUGUGCUCAUCGGCAAUCAUGGGCAUUUCCGCGAUGACCCUGGGCAUCAGCCAACAGCCAAUAUACUGUGACCGAGGACUGGCGUUCUGGAAUGGCCUCUUGGGAGCCAUUCUGUUGACCUUGGCUGCCGCCUGCUCUGCUGCCUUGUUCUUCGAAACACAAGCCGUUAAAUUGAUGGCCAAGCUCAUCUGGACGAACUGUGAAUCAAGCUUCUUCGAGUUUGGAUCCACCGCUUUCAACGUCGCGGCCUGCGUUGCAGCCUGCCCGAUAGUUGCACUGUUGUGGAUCAUGCGUGGAUAUGUUGACCUUACAUCCUCCCCAACUUGCCGCAACACUGCUGCUCUUCUCUACGGUGGAAGUCUGACCAACAUUGCGCUGACUGUCAGUGCGCUGUCGUUCGCGGCUUUGAUGAUCAGCUACUACGUUGCCUCAUCAAAACGCUUCUACGAUAUUGCCAUUCUAUCGUGCAUCUGCGACCCGAUUUCGAUCGCUGUGGAGGGCGUUGCUGAACGCCUGCCGGAGCCGCCAAGAAUUCGAUUCCCCGAAUUCGUUCCUUCCCUCGACGAAUGCGUGGCAAAGCUGCCCUCAUACGAGAAUACAAGAGCUUUCGUUAAGAGACUCGUCGACGCUAUCACCCCCGUCUCCCUUCCCCACAGAGUCUAUUCUCUUAUGGAAACACGGGUCUACUAA